CUCCGCACACACUGCGUUUUAAAAGUAACCUUUCGCAUAUAUUUGUUUGCAGUGUUAAUUGAAUUUUUAAAUUAAGAAGUAAAGUACCAGUAGCUAUAUUUUUGAUGUUUUAAAUUUAUGCAGUAGUUUGCAUAUCUGAUAAUUUCAAAACUCUAAAAUAAAAUGAUACAUAAUUUGUAAAGAAAAUAAACAUAUCAAGUUAUGAAAAUGACAAGAUACGCUAUAAACUUUUCUUACAUUGGAACUCAUUAUAAAGGGUCACAAAGACGUUGCAAUAAGGCUUUGAUGGAUAUUGAUACUGUGCAAGGGGCUAUUGAAAGUUCUUUUCAAAAAAUAAAAAGAUUCAAAGCUCCAUCGUUAAUCAUGGCUGGAAGAACAGAUGCUGGGGUUCAUGCAUUAUGUUCAACAGCUCAUUUUGAUUUGGAAAAACCUAUAGAUACACAAUAUUUUAUUCGAGAAUCAAACAAAUUCUUACUCGGUUGUGGACAUCAAAUUAGGCUACUAUCUUGCUAUGAAGUAAGUUCUAAUUUUCACGCUAGAUUUUCUGCAAUAUCAAGGACUUAUGUGUACAGAUUUUUAAUGGCUAAUGAUCCAACGUUUAGUCAGAUACCUAUUUCAGAAUACAGCAGGACCUUGCACUUACGAUCAAAUCCACAUAAAUUUGACUUUGAACGAAUGAGGAGGGGCUUAGAUUUAUUUAGAGGAACCCACGAUUUCAAAUCUUUUAGUGCUCCAUCAACAAAUAAAAUUGAAUAUGAAAGACGUAGAACUUACGUAAGGUCUUUGAAUAUUGAAUUAGAACCAGCUCAACCUCUUUUACCGGUUGAUCCAUUAUCAAAACAUUUUUCUUAUUGGAACUUCAUUUUCACAUCAAAAUCUUAUCUCUACCAUCAAAUCAGGCGCAUAGUGGGUACUUUAUUUGCUUUAGGCUUAAAUAAAAUUAGUGAAGAGGAAAUAAUGACAAUGUUGCAAGUUCCUGGACACCAUAAUUGGAACAGAAGUAUAGAUCCAGCUUUACCUCAUGGUUUGUAUCUUUUCGGAAUAAAAUACGACGGAAAAGAUAUUGAAAGUACAUAAAAUGAGUAAAAACUCUUGUGUCCAAUUUUGAAUGUAAAGUUGUAAUGUAAAUACAUAAAAACUUAGAACGGCAAAUGGCAAUAGAUUGACUAGAUGCAUUGCAUGCAUUGGAAUUUCAAAGUAAAAGCUGUCUGCUAAAAUGAUGUCUGCUACGCAGCCUCAUUCAAAUACAUAGUUUAACCUCGUGUACUGUCGGCAAGUCACAUUUGAAAAUAAGCAUACACGUAUUCGUAUGCUUAAAUGGUGCGUUUUUUAUAUGUAGUUUUUUUUUAGAAAAAAAAAAUUAUAAAUUCAUGAGAUACAUUCAUGUAUUAAUAAAAUAAAACCAAAUAAUUAGUUUGUACAGUUAUAAAAAUGACUACAAGGAGAUACUUGAUACGAUUUUCGUACUUGGGAACCCAAUAUAGAGGUUCACAAAAGCAU